GGAAGUGAAGGUAAAGUCGAAAAUUACUUCGGUCGGUUACUCGAACGUUGCGCGUACAGAGGUUAUGUUUCCCGAUGACCCCUCGACUCCCGCCUCCUUCUCCUCGUUAUCCCCUUUCCUUUCGUCGGUCUCUUCUUCUCUCCUCUUUUACUCUACCCUUCUUCCACGUCUCGCCCUUCAUUUCGCAUUUCGCCUUAUUUUUUCCCUGACAAACGUGUUCUUUCGCCGAUUUAAAAUCGCUUUAAGGGCAUCACCGCAAUUUUGGUAGGACGAUAUCCUAGCGACGCAGUGAAUUUCGAUCGCAGAUCGAUCGAUUACCGAUUUCGCGCAUUCUCUCUCUCUCUCUCUCUCUCUCUCUCUCUCUCUCUCUAUCUAUCUAUCUAUCUAUCUAUCUAUCUAUCUAUCUAUCUAUCUAUCUAUCUAUCUAUCUAUCUAUCUGUCUUUCUAUCUAUCUAUCUAUCUAUCUAUCUAUCUAUUUAUCUAUCUAUCUAUCUAUCCAUCCAUCCAUCCAUCCAUCCAUCUAUCUAUCUAUGUAUCUACCUACCUAUCUAUCUGUCUGCCUAUCUCUAACUAUCUAUCUCUCUCCGUCUCUCCCUUUUGUCUCUUCACGUCCUUUUCCUCUUUCUCUUUCUCGACCGCGAAUGCACUCGCGAAUGCACUCGACACGCACGCUCUCACACACCGACGUGUUCCGUUUCUUUCCUGCGAGACUGUGUCGUAGCCUUUCUCGUGGUAACGAGUUUCGUAACUUCCCUCGAUACAAAAGUCACGAACUAUCAGCUGUCAGCCUCCGUGUUUGUACCACCUGUCCUAGAGUCGAUUAUCCGCCUCUCCUUCCCUUUUAUACUUUAUACAUCACAAUUCUAUCCCUUUUUACUCCGCUCUGUAUAUUAAUCCAUGGGACGGAAUUGUUGACACAAAAUUUUCAUGAUUCCGCGACUUUCGUCCGCGACAGAAGAACGAGAACGUGAUAUAGCCGCGUGUCUACGAACGGGGCGAAGUAAUCGGAGCAGCAAGAGAGGCUAACCGAGUUGAACAGUCAUGAUAUUUCGGCGCGCAGGCUUUCUGGCAUGACGGCGUGACCGGCCUUGAGCCCCUCUGCGCUCCCCUCUUGCACUCUGCGCCUCUAUCCCCACCUCCCCGGGGUAAUACACGAUGCACAGUGCGGAUCAGUGCUCCUUAACGCGAGAUUCUUGUGGCUGAAGGUUUUCUUCUAUCGCGCGCGCGCGCGCACGCUGACUUCUUUCUCUCGUAACGCGCUGUAUAUGGACGUUUCGUGUUCUAAGUGAAUCCGUUAAGCCAAGAAGACGAGUUAUCGAGCUCCAGUUCGACCUCUAACUCGUCUACGAAACUACUAUGUUGACUCGUCGACGCUCGACACCUUUAUGUGUUUAAAGAUCGAUAUGGAAAUUGGAAUUCACCAACUCAUGAUGCAAUUUGGUGACUUCUGUAUGUGAAACGGAGCUAUCGAAUUCCAGCCCGUGCUUGUCUACGCAUCCACUUUGUUAUUAUGUCGUUAUCGAUAUUUAACGUCUUUAUGCGUUUAAACAACUACAGAAAAAUUCGAAUUUCGAACGUUGGAAAAAUUCGAACGUUGGAGAUUCUUGUAUGUGGAAAGAAGGAUCGUCGUGGAAUAAGUAACGAAUAAAAUUGUGCAGAGAUCAUUUAAUUUAAAUCAUUUUCAUUUAAAUUUUUGGUUGUAGUAAUGCAGAGAAAAAAAAGUAAAUAUUGUUUUAAUAUAGUUUAAUAUAAAUAUAAUAAUUUAAAUUAUUUGUAGAGUGCUAGCAAUAUUUUUAGUAGUUUUAGUUUUAUCUAUUUGUGGAACGCUUUUAUUAGUACUAGUAUGUCGUGUUUCGUUUUUCUUUUAAUAAGGAUAUCACUUUUCACGUGUAUGAAAUCUUAUGUGAGUCGGUUUAAUCGCUCCGUGUGAGGUGAUAAAUGCAUUCUCAUCGAAAUGUUAUCCUAACGUUAUCAAAUCGAAGGUCGAACGCGAAAUCUAGCGCGUAGUCGAGUUAUCUUCGAUCAAGGAACUUGAAACGAAAGUCUGACAUUCUAUGAUCGUAUUGGAUUUUAAUUAAUGUUCGCUAAUGGAAUUUCUGUAUUUAUUACCAAAUCGUAUUUUGAUAUACCAGAAUUAUGAAAACUAUAUAGAACGAUGCAAGAAUUACACUGUUACGUAGACUAAAAAUUAUGUAAGAAUAAUUAGCUGUCCUGUUUAGGUUAUACGAUUCUUUCAUCUCAAUAUCGAUCUUUUUUACUUUCCUCCGACCUAAACUAUAGUACUUCUCAUUCCCCCCUUCCACGAUGAAGUUUUUAUAAUGGGAAGUUACUCGAAUUAAUAAAACACUCCAUUUACAAGAAUUAUUUCGAAAAUGUAAACUAUCGUUGAAUCGAAUCGAUUUAAUAUAUAGCGUAUAGCGUACAAUAAUCUUGUUAUGCCAGAGUUUAUAGUUUCUUGCUAGUUCAUAUAUAUAUUUAUUUAUUUAUUUAUUUGAGCUCGUGACAAGAGAGUAUAGGCAAUUAGAGGGAUCAGUAAUAGCAUAUAUAGAUAUUUAGUAUAGGAGAGAUAAAGAACGAAGGAGUAAAAAUAGGGCUGUAGACUGAUGAAGAAAUUGGAAAAGAAGAAGAAGGACAGUGCGAAGAUAAAGUGCGUAGCUAAUUAACUAGGUAAAUUAGAUGAAAAGGCACGCAGGCACGCAGGCACGCAGGCACGCAGGCACGCAGGCACCGGUCGUUCUUCGAUGUGCGAACGCACGCUAACGUGAUUAAUAGACGCCGAGUGAGAGAAAAUAGAAAUUAUCUGGAAGUAGCAGCAGAGGCUGGUUGCUCGAGAAGGCAGAAAAGUUGUUCCCAGAAUGCCGCAGAAUUUCACGACUGUCCAAAGACUGCGAGUCACGUCACGAGCGUGUGACGAAUUAACUAGCUGAGGAUGUCGGAGCAAAACGGGCCCGGCGAGGGCCCUGGACCGGGCCCAGGGCCGGGUCCUGGUUGGUGGCCAACCUCACAGUCCUGGAAGACAAACUCCUGCACCGCUGCCUCCUCGUCCACUUGUUCAACCGUUCCAGACAACUCCGCCUCCGUCUCUGCCUCUUGCACCACCUCUACGUCCUCCCUGGCGACCACCACAUCGGCCACUUCGUCGACCAGCUGCUGUUCCUCCACUCCUGGCGGUGGACCGUCUUGCACGAUCACCGCGGCCCGCUCCUCCGAAACGGGAAAGAACGUCUCUGUCACGACGAUCAAUGUACCCCCUAAUCAGGACAUGCACGAUGGCAAGGGUAUAUGCAAGUAUCUUGGCGGGCAGAAUGGCGUGACGGUAUCGGUGGUGUCGAGCUGUGGCUCCAUACUGGGAUGUGGAAACGCGAACGUUGUGUCUACCACGGGGAUAGGCAGUAGCACCGGCACACAGAGUAUCGGCAUCGGAGUGAACAUCCUUGACCAGAGCACGGCGGAUGAUGACGCGGAGGAUAGCGACGUUGAGAUAAGCAAAAUCGACUUCCGAGGGGUGAAUUUGCGUACGAAGAAGAAGCGAGACGUGUCUGGUAGUCAGAGUCAAAGCGGGGAGAAAAUCGGCGAUGAAGAGGUCGAGGAUGGAAACGGUUGUUACGAUGGAAGCGACGCGUCUCAGCAACAACCGGAGAGGCCCAUGUCGUGGGAGGGAGAACUAUCCGAUCAAGAAAUGUCUUCCAAUACGAUUACAAAUCAAGAUACACACGAGGACACGUCAAUGGAGGGUGUUCAAGUAUGUGGCGCGAGUCCCGGGCCAAUGGAACAAAAAUUUCCCAUAAAACCAGAGCCAGAUUUUCAGUCCAACCCAGGCUUCACGUUUGGCUCUUUUCACGACACCGGAUUACCUCUGAAUCACGGCCAGCAAAUACAACAACAGCAACAACAGCGCAACAUUGAGAAUCUUGAACAGACACAACAAAACGAUUUGCCUCUUCUCGUAGGAAAAUUACUUGGUGGUUACAAUAGUUCGACACCGAAUCACAGUCCAGUGUUGAAUCCUAGACACCAUUUAACAAAGCAUAGCCACACGAGAUCGCAGGUGCCGUCACCGGACUCGGCCAUUCAUUCCGCAUACAGCGUAUUCAGCUCCCCGACGCAAAGUCCUCACGCAGCUCGCCACUCCCCCCUGGGCGCGGCAAGUCCAGUUCCAUCUUCGUCGCUAUCCUUGUCGCGACACAGUUUCAACAAUUCCACUUCCUCGUUGUCGCUCUCGUUGUCACACUCCCUCUCGAGAAACAAUUCGGACGCCUCGAGCAGCUGCUACAGCUACGGCUCUCUCAGCCCACCCACACACUCGCCCGUCCAGCAACCGAGACAUCCGCAACAUCACCAGCAUCAAGUUGCUCAAGGAAGCCCGCUUCAUCUGCCAGCAACCGCUUCUUCCGCCAUUACUCAUCACUACGCUUCCUCUGCACCGGGUUCCGAGCUAUCUCCAGAAGGACACGCUGCUACAGACGAUCAGGAAGACUGUAGAAUACCCUCGGCACCGUCUGGUAUAUCCACGAGGCAGCAACUAAUUAAUACCCCGUGCCCAAUUUGCGGGGAUAAGAUCAGUGGUUUUCAUUAUGGAAUAUUCUCGUGCGAGUCGUGCAAGGGAUUUUUCAAACGCACCGUCCAGAAUCGAAAGAAUUAUGUGUGCCUUAGAGGCGCGGGCUGUCCAGUCACCGUUGUUACCAGGAAAAAAUGCCCCGCCUGCAGAUUCGAGAAGUGCCUCAGUAUGGGUAUGAAGCUCGAGGCGAUUAGGGAGGAUCGCACCAGGGGUGGCAGAAGCACCUAUCAAUGUACAUAUACCUUUCCACCAAAUUUUGUCGGUAGUCCUGCAAGUAACAUGUCCAGCGACAAAUUAGCUACCGGAGGAAAUUGUAGUCCAGCUCCAGCUGGUAACGAACAUCACUAUCCGGCAAGGCACCAUUCGAAUCACUCCCAUAAGAUGCAAGUGGUACCGCAACUUCUACAGGAUAUCAUGGACGUAGAGCACUUGUGGCAUUACAAUGAUAACGAUCGUAUGACUGGGAUUCAAAACGCAGGAACGAAUCUUACUAGAAACAACGAUUCGAUGUUAUUGAGUGUUAGAAGCAACGGAGGAUCUGGAAUAGAGAACGACACGGGUUCAGGUAUUGAGUGUUCCUCCAAUAGAACUACAGGAAAUGGUAAUGCUAGUAAUAGAAGAGACAACAGAUCAUGCUCCAAUGUUUCUAAUGUUGGUAACGAACAACACGCUGCAUCCGUUGGUAACAGUUCUCAAAUCAACAAUACGAAUUGCAAUCCAACUCAACAUCCUGAUUUUCUGUCGAACCUCUGCAAUAUCGCUGAUCAUCGACUCUACAAAAUAGUGAAGUGGUGCAAGAGUUUGCCGUUGUUUAAAAACAUUUCGAUCGAUGAUCAGAUCUGUCUGUUGAUUAAUUCUUGGUGCGAGCUACUGCUCUUCUCAUGCUGUUUUCGCAGUAUGAGCACUCCCGGUGAAAUUAGAGUGUCUCUCGGUAAGUCGAUUACACUGGAACAAGCUAGGCAGCUUGGCUUAGCGACCUGCAUCGAGAGGAUGCUUGCAUUUACUAACAAUUUGAGAAGGCUCCGAGUAGAUCAGUACGAAUACGUGGCGAUGAAGGUAAUAGUACUAUUGACCUCUGAUACGAGUGAACUGAAAGAACCUGAAAAAGUUAGAGCAUCUCAAGAAAAGGCUUUACAAGCAUUGCAACAAUAUACUAUCGCAAGGUACCCUGAAAUGCCUGCUAAGUUUGGUGAAUUAUUAUUGAGAAUUCCAGAUUUACAAAGAACAUGCCAAGCGGGAAAGGAAUUAUUAAGUGCUAAACGUGCUGAAGGAGAAGGCAGCUCGUUUAAUCUGUUGAUGGAAUUGUUGAGAGGAGAUCACUGAAUUAUUAUUACCACAUUGAACAAUGCCAUUCCACGCUUAUGAGAUGCAUAAGUUCAGGGAAUCGGAUGUAUUAAAUAAUCAAGGAGUAGCAGAAAUGUAAACAAACCCAUAAACAUUGCAGUCCAUGAUACAUUAGUUCUGGGUGAAGGGACUACAUUCUUGUAAGACUAAUUAGAGGUUCACUGUUUAAUGCAUAAAGCAAACGAGAAAUGAUGUUUCGUUUCUCUAUAUUUUUUUGUUUUUGUUCUUUUUUUUAAAAUUGAAAUUAAUUUCACGGGGGUGUUGCAUGAUACAACUCCACCUUGAAACAUAACGAAUUUCGAAGCGGCCUAUGGUAUGCUCGAAAUAUUCAGCAUGCAUAUUUCUAUGCAAAAGAGACUGAAAGUAUAAUCGAAGCAGAGAUGCAGAGCAUUUACUUUUACGCUAAUAUCAAUGUACAGAGAUAGAAAGAUUGAGAGAGAGAGAGAGAGAGAGAGAGAGAGAGAGAGAGAGGGAAAGGAAGAGUGAAAGAGAGAGUGAAAGAGAGCACAAGAGAGAGUGAGAGUUGGUAUCAAAUAGCAUAAAAAUGCUAAAUUUUAUUAGGUAGGUUCGAGUAAACGACGAAUACAGAGUUUUAACCUUGAUAAUUAUUAUUAUAAUAAAACAACCAGUAUUUUGUAUUGUUCUGCGCUUACUUAAAAAUAAGACAUAGAAUGAUGUCUUAUGUCCCGGUAAUGGAAGUGUACUUAAAACAUGAGUCGACCAAUUGUUUACUUAUAGAGCAGUUAAUCGUGUAAUAAUUAAUAGGUAAUAACAUUUAGCUUAUCAACAGAACAUUAUAAUUUUUAUCUAUUACACAAAUACAUUUUUUUUUUUUUAUUCUCUGUACGUUUUAAUAACACGCCGACAACGGAUGAAAGAUUUCGUACGAUAGCUUGAUACGUACAUAGCUUUUUAAACCGCGUGAAACGAUUUCUGAUAUUCUUUUUCUUGUAAAUGAAUUUUAUUUUGGGACACACGUUUCCAAAUUCUAUAACGUUCUAAAUUUGUGACAGUGAUAUUUUUGUCGGAUUUUUAUAAAAAUGACGUUUGUUUGUUAUUAAAAUUUUACGAUUAUUUUAUUGUUUAGAAACUAAGACAGUUUACGUUUGGUUUAUUAUGUUUAUAUAAAAAAUAUGUAUCCUUUGUCGUAACGAAACUAGAACGUUAGUACCAGUGAUUAAGGAUUCUUAUAAAAAAUGAAUAUAAAAUUAUAUUUGCAAUAUUUGGAAAAUUCAAUUAUAUUCGUCGAGUACUUUAUCGAAAGGAAAAGUUAAUUUGUUAUUGUUCGUUUAAUAUCAUUGUUAAAGAAAAAUUAUAAUGAAAAUUAUUAAAUUAUUAUAAAAGUUAUAAAAGUAUAAUGAAAAAUUGCGCUUUUGUUGUAAACUGGUGCAAUUUCUUAUUUCGAAUAAAUGCGAAAUUUUUUUAUAAAAAAUUAGUCGUAAAAUGGACGAGUUGAAGCUUCCUAUUUAAAAUGAAGAAUACUCAUGUCUAUCGUUGGUACUAUAAUGAGACUGUCAUAUCAACGCAUUAUUCUUUUUAUUAACACGGCAAUUACGUUUCUUUUGAUUCAUCGAUAAGAAUAUUACAAUAUGCAAUAUUUAAUCUGUAAUAUAACUUGUAAGAAUCGUCUUCCCAUCUUUAUAGCAGAUUUCCUUGUGCAGAAAGUGUAGGUUGACCUGUUGUAUAUCAUACAGAGUGUUCGAUAAAUAUGAUAAAAGACACGAGAAAGACAUUUUCCAUCAUUUUGAUUUCAAUAGUACUAUUACGAUAUUGCAGUUGAUACAAAUUUGUUUUUAAGAUAUUCAGAUAUUUAAUAAAAUAAACCUCGUAUUUAUCAAUUUUAAUGAAACACUCUGUGUAAACAUACAUAUUGCGUGCAUCGUGAAACAUUUUGUUUGUAAAGUUUAGUUUCCUCGUCGAAUAUCAAAUUCUUAUUCUACUUCUCAUUGAACAAAUAUUCGCUUGUUAGUCGUCUAAUGUGUUACAUCCUCUUCAGGUUACAAUACCGUAUAAUUUUUCAUAAGAAGAUUUUCUUGCCCGUAGAGGCCAACUUCUCUAUUUCCAAGGAAUCUUUUUUAAAUAGUUCUUACUUGGUAUUUGAAUAACAAACAAGAUUAAAGCAAAACUUCUAGUUAUAAAUAUAUCGAUGAUAAUACAACUUAUCCGAAUCUGUAGUAACCUACUGAGAAGAUAAUUCCUGCAAACAUUGUUUUGCUAUAAUUAGUUAUUGCCAUUGUAAUUAUUCGAAAGAAAGGGAAAGCUAUAUUAUGGCGAAAAAUACAGAGGGGAAAUGCAGUAAAGAAUGUGUACGCCAUUCAGGCUACAGUUUUUAAUAACAAACUAUGUAUAAAUAGAAAUUCGCCCGUUAAAAGAAGUAUUAUUAGUAGAUUAGUUAGUGAAAUACUAUGAAAAAAAUUACUGAAAUAUUUGUGCCUUCGAUAAAAUUUAGUAUUUUAAUCCUUUCGUAAUGCGAGGUAGACACGAGAAGAAUUAUAUUAAGAAGAUCGUGUAGAGAUAAUAUAAAUAUAUAAAACCAACAACCGACAGUCUGAUUAAAAUUAUUAGUCAACGAAGCAUUCUUUAACGAAACGAUUAUCGAACUUUCGAUAAGCUUGUUUCUCUGUUUCAAAGAAACUGCAGAACAAGCAUCCGAUGCUUCUAACAUCCGUGUUUUAUUCGGAAUUGAAAAUUUGCUCUAUCUUAUUUUAUCGAUACGAUAUCGAACAAAUACAAUUAUAUCAUGUAUCUUGGCAUAUAUUAUAUUUUACAUCUACCAUAAUUAAACUAUCUUUUAAUCAUACAUUGAACAAAAAGAGAAUCGAUCGGUAGCUAAAACGAUUAUAAAACUAAAAUUCAACCAGUAAAGUCUUUCACUUUUAAUUAGUCUAUGUCAAUUAUUCUGUAUAUGGUAGUGCUAAAUUUUAAUUAACUAUUUAUACGAAAGAACGAAAAUUUAUUUUAGAUCGGAAGUUUUUUACCAAUUAGAAGAAAAUAUAAAUUAUAUGACGCUGCUGUAAAUAUAAAAGUACAGAAUAAUAUUUUUCUGUAACGUAUGUAUAAAAGAUAGAGAGGGACGAAGAGAUUGAUGAGUCUGAUAAACGAAUAAAUUUAAACGUAGGAAAAAGAGUAGGAAAAAGUAGAAAAAGGAGAAAAGAAAAAGUACGUGCACGAGAAAGAGAAUAUCUGUGAAUGCAUAACAUUAAUUUAAAGGAAAGUGCACGGAAUAAAAUUAUAAUGACGUUAUAUUUAUAUUUAACUCGUUAAAAAAAUAAUCGAUUGUGAUCUAAAUUUGAUAAAAGACAAAGGAAUAUGGAUAUAUCCUGGAACGUCUGGAUACGUUUAUAGCUUGAUCAACUUUGUUUCACUUUGUUGUCCACUCAACUAUGACGAAAACUUUAGUUUAAGCACAUUAUUCGUUAUUAUUUCAUUGAUUCUCGAUUAAAACUUCGAUAAUAACAAUAAUAAUCGUCUUCCUUUUGCAAAGAUAUAGUAUUAAUUAUAUAAUAACAAUAAUAAUAAAAUUGGUCAAAAUUUAUUCACCAAUCAUGACAAUAUACAUAUGAUACGCUCGAAAUUGUGAAAUUCAUUAAUAUACGUCGAUCAAAGAGCUUAAAUACAGUACAUUGUAAUGAUUAAUACACAUAUAUGUACAUGUGCGUGUUGAAACUAAAGAAAUCGUAUGCUAGAAAUAAUAAAUAGUACUCGCGCAUAGUUUAAUGUGUAAUCUUUAAUAGGAUUAUCAAACGCAGCGGAGAACAUUUUUAUAUCAGAUGCAAACAUAUUAAUGAACUUUAUAUCAUGCACGAUGAACUGACUUGCAUUUAUUUUUCUUCCUAUACUAUCGUAUUUCCUCUUUUCUUUCUAAUAAUCCUUUCUCUUUUGAUAAGAACACGAUCAUUUCUGUAAGACAGGUGAAUGUGAAUGACUUAGAUUAUCGACAAAAAUAUUUGCUUGUCAAGUCAGUUAAUCGGACGAAAGCAGAUUGCGAAAAUAUUAUAAUCACGAAAAUACUUCAUAUUCCCAAUAUAGAAAGAUGGCUAUUUAAACGCAAUUAGAGGAUAAUUUUAUACAUACAACAUGUUCAAUACGAAAUAAAUACAUUUUUAUAAAGUA